GUCGUCAAGCUCGUCACCACCAUCAUCCGCAACCAAAGACUACCAUCGUGUUCCUCUCGUCGAGACGAAUCCGUGGCCACCAAAAACGCCUCAAUCGGAGUCCGGACGAAGCCGCACGCGCCUCCGGAAGUUUCGCCUCUGCGCGCGUGAGGUACACGCGCCGCCGCCGGAAAACGUCGCCACCGCCGGACCACCGUCCCCCGCCGCCGGAAUAUCCGCCGUCGCCGCCGUUGACCGUCGCCGGUAACUCGCCGGUGACUCGGUCAACUCGUCCGAGUCAACUCAGUGAGUCAACUCGGUUGACUCGGUUAACCACUGAUUUGGAGUCCAUUUGAGCAGCUGGAGGUCAUAUAUACCACUUCUCUUCAUUGCUAAGGUGAGACCGACGAGCAGGAGUGAUUAUCGGACCGGUGCUAUUGGGCUUUUGGGCUUCUAUCGCUUUUACCGCUUUUAUCUUUAUCGGGUCUUUAGGCCUUUGGACUUUUAUCGUUUAUGUUAUUCCUAUUUCAGACUUUCGGUUUAUGUCGUAUUUUAUAUUUCGGAUGUUAUCGUUAUCGGGCCUUUUGGCGUUAUGCUAUCGUAUUGACUUUUAUAUUAUGGUGGAAAUUAUUAUUAUUAUUUGAGUUGUAUUAUUAUUUUAUUUCCGCUUUAAUCUAUUUAUUAUAUUUCGAAAGUGACGGGUGUCACAUUUUGGUAUCAGAGCUAUUUAUUUAUCGUAACAUUUUAUUAUGUAAAUCGGGGUGUCACAAUUUGGUAUCAGAGCGGGUUCCGUCCCGGCUCCGACCCGGGAUGGCGAUUUUUGGAGACCUGGUUUUAUUCGGUUUUGACGGUUUUAAACGAUUUCAAAAUAUUUUCGGGGAUUUGGGAAUUUUGAAAAUAAAAAUAAAUAGCAUCUUUCCGUUCGAUAUCACUUCUCCUUAAAUGUUGGUAUCCAAAGUUCAGCGUAAGUUAACUUUUCGCUUUCCUUUUAGAUGCCGCCAAGGAGAAGAACCACCCGUGCCCAGACCGCCAGAGCCGUUAGAGACAAUGUAGAUGAGCAUGAGCAGCCUGCAGUUCCACCACCCGCGGCUCCACCAGUUGAUCAGGAUGCAUUGAGACAGAUGGUUCAGGAUGCCGCUAGACAGGCCGCUCAGGAGGCACUUCAGCAGAUUGCCCAGGAGGCAGCCAGGCAGGCCGCUCAGGAGGCCGCCCGAGUAGCUGCUCAGGAGGUUGCUCGUCAGAUGGCUGCCGUUCAGCAGGGUCCUCAGGUUCAGGCGCAGCAGGGUCCGCAGAUUCGGGUUCAGCAAGUUCCACUGGUUCAGGUCCAACAGGAUCAGCAGGGUCCAGUUCAGCAGUUUGCUCAUGGUGUUCAGGAUCUACCGCCACCACCACCGCGACCUCAUGUUUACCCGGUUUAUGAUGAGAGGUUCUACAGGCUGACAUGUCAGAUGAGAAACAUGGAGAUGGAGCAUUUUAGCGGAACAGUGGAUGCUGUAGCUGCACAUGAUUGGAAGUUAGCCUUGCAACGGAAGCUGGAGAUUAUUGAGUGUCCACCAGAGUUGUCGCUCAGAUUGACUAUGCAGUACCUUCGUGGAGAUGCUCUUAUAUGGUGGGAGGGAAUACGAUUGAGUCACUUUGGGCCAGAGAGGCUUACCUUCGCAGACUUCAUCCGAGAGUUCGAUAGGAAAUACUUUCCGAAGGAAGCUAUGGAUAGGAAGAAAUGCGAGUUCGAGCAUGUAAGUCAGGGUAAGAUGUCUAUCAGGGAGUAUGAGGUUGUGUUUAACCAACUUCGCAGGUUUGCUGGAGAGGGCAUUUUAGAGGAAGACCUGAUGAGGAAAUUUUUGAAUGGGAUGCGAGUAGAGAUUCGUAACAGGUGCCGUGUCGCCACUUAUCACAGAUUGGGAGACUUGGUGGAGAAAGCUGCCGAGCAGGAGGCAGGUUUGGCAGAGGAGCAGAAGUACACCAAGGCAGAUCAGCCUAAGUUUGGAGGGACUUUAGAGGCACAGCAGAGGACAUGGGACAAACCGAGCAUACAAUGCUUUUAUUGUGGAAAGAUGGGACAUAAGAGUAGGGUUUGUCGGAGUAGGCUAUUUGAUGCCCAGUUUGCGCCACCAGCAGCGGCAGCAGCACCAGUAGUGGAUGUUAGGAACUGUUUUGGUUGUAACCAGCCUGGUCACAUUUUCAGAGACUGUCCGAGGAGGGGUAAUGCAGCGCUUCCACCACCACCGAAGCGUUUAGCCAUCGCUCCACGUGUGUUUACAGUUGGAGAUCCCCAGGGAGCUGAGCCGAUAGCGGGUAUGUUCUUAUCAUACUUGCUUGUGUUAAUAUUUGUGGUUUUGUGGUUAUCUUGUAUAGUUCGAGAUUUGUGAAUCUCGUGUAUGAUUGGUUGUGGUUGGUGUGAGUUACCUCACGGCUUAUUUGACUUAAGAGCUUUUCAUAGUUUUGUGAGUUUGCGUUUGGUUAAGUUUUAGUCUUUUUAGGGGGAUCUUCUAACCGAAAGAUAAGCAGAUUUAGAUUGUUGUUAUGGAGAGCUUGUUGUUAUGGAGAGUUUGAGAGCGAUCAGGAAUUCAUCGUGAUGUACCUGUUAUCAUUUGAGUAUUAUGAUGGCACCGUCGAAGUUUUAUGGUGGGUCUGGUCGUACACCACUUUGUUGGACCAAAGUGGGGGAGCAAUAUGAGUUAGAACUAUUAAUGGUUCAAGAGACGGUAGAGCAAAGGAUAUGCUCAAGGAUUGGCUUUCGGAAGCCCAUGACGUCAGAGGAUUUAUGCAGCUAAGCACCGUAAGGAUUUAGAGCUACAUAUGGGCAUACCUUAAAAUAAGGACAUUUCAGGAGGAGCCUAAGACUCAGAAGAUAAAGGAGCUUAAACCGAGAUACAUGGAAUUGUAUCCUGCACUGGAGUGGAUUGGAUUAGUUGCUUGCAGUUACUUUAUCAGCAGUAUAUCAGCCUUCUAGGACUUGGUUCAUAUGACAGCAUUGCAAAAGUUGAGAAGGCGCUAUAAUUAUUUUGCAGUUGACGUCAAGUGAGUUCAUAAAGAUUUUAUGGACCUUAUCAUCUAUUGAAGAUUUUGGAUCAUCAAGAGAAAACAGUUCGGGGAAUAUCGACUGUGUUUGUCCGAGUUCGUUGGGGAGGGAGAUAAGACUCAGGAGGAGACCUGAAAAGCCGAGCGACGAUUAGUAUUCGAGGUUUUGCUAUGAUGAUAUUGGGCACGUCAACUUAUGACAUGAAUUCGGGGACGAAUUCCUUAUAAGUGGGGGAGAAUUGUAAUGACCCACCACUCCCACCAUCUCCACUUCUUUCUCCAACCCCACCACUUCCACCUUCUCUUCCACCAUCUUCACCUUCUUCCCCACCAUCUUCAACUUCUAUAAAACUUAAGAAAGAGAGAGAGAGAGAGAGAGAGAGAGAGAGAGAGAGAGAGAGAGAGAGAGAGAGAGAGAGAGAGAGAGAGAGAGAGAGAGAGAGAAGAAGAAGAGAGAAAGCUCACCUGAGCUCAUCGCCGGAGCCACCACACGCCAGGACGUCGUCAAGCUCGUCACCACCAUCAUCCGCAACCAAAGACUACCAUCGUGUUCCUCUCGUCGAGACGAAUCCGUGGCCACCAAAAACGCCUCAAUCGGAGUCCGGACGAAGCCGCACGCGCCUCCGGAAGUUUCGCCUCUGCGCGCGUGAGGUACACGCGCCGCCGCCGGAAAACGUCGCCACCGCCGGACCACCGUCCCCCGCCGCCGGAAUAUCCGCCGUCGCCGCCGUUGACCGUCGCCGGUAACUCGCCGGUGACUCGGUCAACUCGUCCGAGUCAACUCAGUGAGUCAACUCGGUUGACUCGGUUAACCACUGGUUUGACCGGUUUAAAUUGAUUUCGUUUCGGUUAGGGUAAACCGGUCGGUUUAGUCAAAUCGAUUUCUGGUCAAAGCUUGACCGGGUUGACUUUGACCAACGAGUUGACUUUUCCGUAAAUACCCGUUUUAAACCGUUCGAAAGGCGUUCUGACUCGAAAUUUCGAUCUGAUUUCAGAUUUGGAGUCCAUUUGAGCAGCUGGAGGUCAUAUAUACCACUUCUCUUCAUUGCUAAGGUGAGGGCUAUUCCGUUAAAUCCCGAGCUAGUUUAGUACUACCAUUAUGGAAAGUUUAGUUUCGAAACAUGAUCCGUCUUUGUGAAUCGAGUCUAUUUGAGAGUCUUGCUUGUUCAUUAUUGAUAUUGAUUGUUAACUGGAAUUAGGAUAAUAGAGGAUUCAACGAUUGUGUGAAAUGAUUGAUGCUAAGAACUGCUAUAUAUAUGUAUAUACAAAGUUAUGAGUAGGGACUAUGUGAUGAGGGCGUGAGUUCAGAGAUGUCUGAGCUUCGACGCUACGGUGUGAUAUGGGCGUGAGUUCAGAGACGUUUGAGCUUCGACGCUACUGUUUGGGGCGUGGUGCAGAGACGUUUGCAUUCGACGCUACGAUGGGCGGGGGUACAGAGACAGACUGUACUAGCGACGCUUCGAGUAUAUGUAUAUAUCCGUAUGAGGAGAUGCGUGGUGCAGAGAGUAGCUAUGUACUAUAAGCGCAUGAGUUGUAACGGCUAGUCCUCUAGCCGAAUAUUGAUUAUUAUGUGUGGUGUAAUAGGCACCGUGUUUGUUUCAUGCUAGAGCUAGGCCUACAUUUUAGUAGUGCUAUGAACUCAGUCUGUGGUUUGCGGUUUAGCAUCCCAUACCUCGCUGGGCAACUCCCCUGUUGCUCACCCCUCCUUCUUUCCCCCUUUCAGGUGAGACCGACGAGCAGGAGUGAUUAUCGGACCGGUGUUAUUGGGCUUUUGGGCUUCUAUCGCUUUUACCGCUUUUAUCUUUAUCGGGUCUUUAGGCCUUUGGACUUUUAUCGUUUAUGUUAUUCCUAUUUCAGACUUUCGGUUUAUGUCGUAUUUUAUAUUUCGGAUGUUAUCGUUAUCGGGCCUUUUGGCGUUAUGCUAUCGUAUUGACUUUUAUAUUAUGGUGGAAAUUAUUAUUAUUAUUUGAGUUGUAUUAUUAUUUUA